AUGCCAGAUCUCUCUAAUACCGUUCAUGUCGUCAAUGGAUACGACAAAGAUGCCUACACUUACUAUCCUGUCAUCAUCGUGGGCGCUGGGGAAUCGGGCAUAGCAAUGGCUUGUCGCUUGAAGGAGAAACUGGGCUUCGAUCAGUUCCGCAUAUUUGACAGACAAGCUGGUAUGGGAGGAACAUGGUGGAUCAACAGAUAUCCUGGAGUUGCUUGUGAUGUUCCUGCCGUAUUCUACAGCUUCUCCUUCUCGCCGAACCACAAGUGGUCUGCCUAUCAUCCUCCGGGGGAAGAGAUUAUUCGGUACCUCCAGGAUGUAUGUGAGAAAUACCAGAUUGUCGACAAGAUCCAACUGAAUACAGACGUGUCCGAGGUGCGAUGGCUCGAGGACGAGGAGCUAUGGGAAGCAACUCUUCUUCACAUGAUGCCUGGUACUGGUGAUCUGUCUACCAAAGAGCGAAAAAAGAUGAUGACUGAGAAAGGACGCGAAAGCGUGUACCUUAAGGAAGAGAAGGUCAAAGCCAAGAUCAUAUGCAGCGCUGCCGGCGGUCUCGUCGAGCCGAACGCAUGGCCAGACAGUGUCCCAGGCCGGGAUCUUUUCCAAGGCGAUGUAUUCCACUCUGCUCGGUGGGACUAUAACGUCGACCUUCGCGGUAAAGAUGUCAUCGUUGUGGGCACAGGCUGUAGUGCCGCGCAAUUCGUGCCUCGAUUGUCGAAAGAGCCAUACAACGUAAAGUCUGUCCUUCAAAUCAUGAGGUCCCCCCCUUGGGUAGUGCCUCGUCCCGGUCCCCUUUUGGGUCUUAUCAAGCAGGAGACUUGGGAGAAGUGGACACCAAGACUCUUUCCUCGUAUUCCUGGACUUGGUAGGGCCUAUAGAACUUUUUUGUUCUGCCUUAGCGAACUCGACUUCUUUCUUAUAUUUACCGGUAAAAACGCCGCAGCAAAGACGCGCAAGAAGGUCGAAGCGCAGCUAGUUCAGCAUAUGAGGUCUAUCGUACCCGAGCAGUACCAUGAGAUUUUAACCCCAAAUUAUGGCGUCGGCUGCAAGAGGAGAAUAUUCGACGCUUUCUGGCUUGAGAGUCUCAACGAUCCCAAGAUUGACCUCACGACCCAGCCCAUCACCAGCCUGCAACCCAAGGGGGUCACGUUGGGACCGGGCCGCACCUACCCUGAUCCAGAAGACAAGGCCAGCAAAGCACCAACAGACGAAAAGCACCUCCCAGCCGACGUCAUAAUCCUCGCCAACGGCUUCGAACUCACUACGUGGCUUUCACCACUCAAGGUAAUCGGCAAAGGCGGUGCCGUCAUGCAAGAGGUAUGGGAUGAGCGUGGGGGUCCACAGGCCUACAUGGGAAACGCAAUGGAUGGCUUUCCCAAUUUCUUCAUCAUUUUCGGGCCGAACACCGCAACAGGACAUUCCUCUGUAAUACUCGCAAGCGAAAAUAUGGUGGAGUACACGUUGAAAUUCAUCAAGAAUAUACUGAGGAAAGACGUCAAAACCUUCGACGUGAAGAAAGAAAAGGAAAUAGCAUGGACGACCGAGAUGCAAGAGAAGUUGAAGGGCACCGUCUGGCAUAGUGGUGGAUGUCAUAGCUGGUACAAGACAGCCAAUGGCUGGAAUGCUACUGCUUACCCAUUUUCGCAGGUGGACUACAGUAUCCGAUGCAUGUUUCCGAAAUGGAGUGAUUGGAACAUCCAAUACACGACCAAGGGACUCAUCAAGCAGCGGCUAAAGCAAACACUUCGAGUCGUCACCCUUCUUGCGAGUAUUGUGGGACUAUAUCAUAUACGGAAAGAUGUAAGAGGUGGAUUGAGCGCAUUUGAUAGCUCGAUGAAGCAGAGGGUCAAGUUUGGACUGUUGAGAUUAUUAGUUUGGGUGGAGAAGGGUGUUCGUAUGUUGCCUGAGCAGAGUACGAUUUUGUGA